AUGCGUGUCUUCCCUGCAGUCAUCACCGUCCUGCUCGCUUUUGUCGCCUCGACGCUCGCGUUGAGAGACUACUUUACUCGCGACGACCUUCUGUCCAUCGCGCGAGCGUACAAACGCAGCAGCGACCUCGUCGACAUGCUUCUUCCGCGCGACAAGGGAUCAGUCUUCUGCAUCAACAAGGGCCAAAACAAGCACUUCAAGGAUUACCCCUUCGUCACACAGGCGGACACACUGCAUAAGGCGGCGAACACGCUUAUGACAGAGUGGAACGCGCUACGCAAGGAGAAAAAGAACAAGGAGGCGACGGCGAAGGAGAAGGAGUACAAGGCCGCGCUGAAGAAGUACGAGGCCGCCGCAGCAGGUUUGAAGAAGUUCGAGAAGAAUGGAUGCACUGCCGGUGGGAAGGUGAAUUUCGCCAGCUCGCAUAAUUGCGGCGGACAUGCCUACUUUUGCGAGACGGCGCAGGGCGGCAUGACUUGCACCUCGUUGUCCAAGAAGACGCCUCAGUUCGAGGGUGGCGAGUGUUUCGUUUGA